AUGCUGUUGAAGUGCAUUAACCUUUCGCUAAUCUUAUACAUCGGAAGAGCGGUCGCCGCUUUCCGACGAGACAAUCAAACCAUUUGCGACUACUAUGCCGAAAAGAACUAUGGGGAAAGUAGUGUCAAGAACCAGCAUCGUCUGAUGCAGGGCAUUGUUGCCUACGCUUAUGCUGGUGGAGAUGCUCUGCCAGAUCCAAAUGCAAAUAGUACUGGAAUUUUCAACAAGGGGCAGUUCAAUGGCUACAAUGUGUUCCUCCGUCCUUUGUUUGACGGAUCAAGUAUGGGACGGCCCGGCAUAUUUGAAGCCAAGCAUCUCAGAUGUUGGAGAGCUAACAAUGUAAUAGAGGCGACUACAAACUUUAAUGGUCAACCAGAAGCGAUUAACUGGCUAGACGGAGGUGGUCUCGAUCCCCUCCUUGCCCUUUUAAACGGCUCUACCGUCACUGCAGAAAUUAGACCGAAGUCAAAUCAAGAAAUCUUGUUCUCCCAUUGGUAUGUUACCUUUGGAAAAGUUUACCAGUGCAGCAAUGCUAGCCAGUUUGUGGCCAAGGAGUACGCUCCAUUUACACCAGCCUAUGUUCAUAAGUUUAUGAAUUUAAAUGCGACAGAAGUGGCAUAUUUUAUCGACCAACUCAUGCUAGCCAGCAAAUACCAUAACUUUUCGGACGCCGAUGCUCAGCAAUUGGCUGCGACUAUGAAUACGAAAUACAACAACCAAUGUUCACCGCCAGACGAAAAUGGGCAACUCAACUCGGUGUGCUUCGCAGAAACCUGCCCAGAGGCUGUACCCAGGAAAGAUUGCGAAGCAUAUAAGAGCUUAGAACCAUAUGGAUUCAAGGCUUCUACCCCAAAGGGCACAGCGACAGGAGUGAUUCCAACAAUGUCCUCACCGCCAAACUCUACCACGACCUCAUCCGGGGAAGUUGUGGGCGGGUCUUCCUCUAGCCUGUCUGCAGGAGCUAUUGCAGGCAUCGUGAUCGGCGGCUCCGUUGUAAUUUUGAUGGCGGUAGGCAUGUGGCUGCACUUCCGGCGUCAACAACAAAACAAGACAGCAGAAACGCCGGCUGCCGCUCAGAACCAGAUGAGUCAAGCGGGCUCUACUGCUUUUUCUAACCAGUCGCCAUACAGCCAUCCACACGACAGCUAUUACAGUCGAGGACCGCACGACUCAUACGCCGUAUCAACUAUUGGAAGCCCCGUCAGUACGGCGGCAACAUGGGAACAGUCAAAAUUGCCGCAACUGCAGGAGAUGGCGGCCGAAAGUCCUUCACCACCUCCUGGAAUGCUGUCACCCAACAAUCAAUGGGGACAGAUGCACCAGAUUGCGGAGAUGGAAAGUCCUGAUCCACCACCUCCCUGGAGCCAAGAACCAAAACCAUAA